CCCGCUCGCAGCCCAGGUGGGCCCGCGGCUCCUCCAUCCCGGAGCCUGAGGCGGGGGUGGGGGACGCGGCAGGGAUCCGGUGGUGCCAAGGCACCGUCUGUGAAGACAAAGAGGCUGCCCAAAAUGGACGAGGAGCAUAGACUCCCCCAGAGGCAGGGAUCUGUUGCUGUGAGUGAUGCCCGCUGCCGGCCCCCUCUGUGGCUGCGGCCCCCACCCCGACGGUCGUGGUGACGCUGCCGCCGCCCCCCAUGGGAUGUGCCCGACGGGUACGGGGCAGAGCUGCCCCCGCCGUGCUGCGAUCCCUAUCAGCGCUUUGUUUUUGUGUUGCAACCGGAGGGGAAAGAAAAACACAAAAUCAGUGCCAACCCUUUCAGCUCCCACGAGCGAGGGCUGCGCAGCUUUUCCUCCCCCCACCUCCAACGUCCAUCUGUUGGAACCUUUCCCUGCUUUCCCCGCCAGGAAUACCGGCAGUGAAUUUGGGGUGAGGGCAGCUGGGUGGCUGCAGCAGGAGGAAGGUGAGGCUUUGGGGCACCUUUGGUACCGUGCUCUGGCUGGGCUCAGCCCUGUUGCUGCUCCCCUGGGGACUGAGGAUCACUCCAUCUCACCGCUGCCAAACCCAUGCAAAUCCACCCGGCUCUGAUGUGAGCGUGGCUGCAUGCAAACCACAUCGGGAAAGGCCGAGUCCCACACUUGUGGGGUGUACAGGAGUGGGAUGCAGACUUAAAGAGCAUCAGCUGCAGUUUGACCCCAAAGCUGGAGUUGUUUUGGAGGGAAACUGGAACAAACAAGACGAGGUCGUUAAGCUGGAACCAAUAAGAGCGCUGUCAUCAUCUGGUUUUGCUGGACUUUGGGGAAAAAGAAAUAAGGGAACAGUUUAUCUUUGGAAUAAAUAAAGCAUAAAGGAACAGGCGUGCAGGGAGCGCCCGCAGCCCCAUGGGCCGGGGCCCCUCUUCCCGUAUCUUACAGCCAUGGGAGUAGUGCCUGAAACCUGAGCACCAGGGAGAACCCCUGUGGCAAAACUCCGAGCAAAUCCCGUGGUGACCAAUGGCCCAGCAAGAUGGAGCGCAGUGCGUCCAUGGGGAUGAGCAAAUGGGCCCGAGUUUGUCCCAAACCCCAAAUCUGAGCGAAGCUGCACCGGCAGCUGCUGGCUCUGCAGCGUCCCUUUAAAUUUAGGGUUGAGGCUUUGAGUUGGGUUGUUGUUUUUUCAUUUUUAAUUGUUCCUGGGGGUUUAAUUCUAAAAUUAUUCUCCUGCUUCUGCUGUAGAAGCAGUGUGCUCUGACCACAAAUCCUUUUAAGGCUGAGCUGCACAAUGAGCCACGGCGUGCAAGAGAACCGGCACGGGAACCUCUGCUGGGAGCUCUGCUGGGCACAGAAGGCUGUAUGCCUGUCUGUCUGCCCAUCUGGCCACGCAGUCUUGUUUUGCCACAGCAGGGAAAAAAAAAAAUGCAGAGAAACUGUUUGCUUUUUUUUUCCGGUGGAGAUUUUCCCAGCACUGCCUGCCUCUCCCUCCCAGUAGAAAUGUGGGGCUGGGGCAGCGAUGCUGAGGACGGAGGAGGUGGGAUGUGGAGAUGGCUCAUCCCUGUGAUGCCCCCAGGAAGAUGGAGGUCCAGCACCUCGCAUCCUCAUCCCCCCGUGUGCUGCUGGGGGGAGCUCGGCGCCCACUGCGGUGUCUCAGCACACUUCUCAGUUCCUGUUUGGCUCCCAUGGCGCUCUCCCUCUGCUGCGCCCACAUCCCAAAUUUGGGGAAAGGAGAAGCAUCGCGUGAGCCGCGCUAUCUCGUGCAUCUCCUGGGAAGCGCCUCGGGGUCGAGCAGGGUUUUGUUUAAAGAACAAAAAUAAACGCAGAGCGGUGCUGGUGGAGGUCACGGCGCUCCUUCCCUCCCCGGCCCAGCACCCAGCGCAUCACAGAUCCCCUUUUCCCGGAGGACUUUUGCCAAGUUGGCGUUUUUCUUGCUGCUGUCGGCAAAGUCCUGUCUGGCUGAGGAAUGGAUUGCCUCCUGCCCUGGGUCGCAGCCGCAGGCGUGUGGGAAUGGGGCUGGGUGUCCCUGCUGCGCCCCGUUUGGGGCCGUUCGCUGGCACUGCACCCAGGGAUGUUUUAUGAUCUGCUGCAGCAGAGGCAUGGGAGGGCUGUAAGUUGGGGAAAAGCUGCAGAAAGUUGCCUGGCAACCCUCAUCCCACCUCUGCUCGCUGGGUACCGCGGGAUCUCGCAGGAUUUCGCUGCCUUUCCAAAACUGAGGGCUGCUGGAGCUGCAUGACCCUAAAUGAGGAUUGUCAUUUUGCUUGGCUUUCCCUCAUCUCCCUGCCUCCCUAAGCCCAUAGCUGUGUGGCUCAGGUGCAUGCACAGCUUUGCAGAGUGCGGCUUAGGGAUGCUGAUAACCGGGGGAGCUCUGGGUGCUCCCCAGCUCAUCCAAUGCUCUGGGUUCAGAUUGGCAGCAGUGUGGGGAGUGGACAUGGAGUGCCCAGGUCACUGUGGCAUGGAGAGCACAGCAGUACUCUGAUCUGAGUUGGACUAGGGAUGCUUUCAUUUUCCUCCCGCUCCUUCCCCCAUUCUGUGGGUAUUAAAAAAAAAACAAAACUAAAAAAAAAAACCCACACACAAAAAUAAAUAAAUAGAAAAGAGAAGCUCAGAGCAGCUCUUUCCUUCGGGUAAAACAUUAACGAGCUUUUGGAGCGAGCUGCUUCAUUUCCUUCAGGACAAAGUUGAUCUGACGUGGGGGUGAAGGAGCCUUCGUACAUGGGCGCAGCCGCUGGGCUAGAACGGCACAACGUGCCCAGCCCCAGCACUGCCUGGGCUCUCCCGGGUAAAGUCCGGCGGCGGUGUGACGAGGGCAGGGUGUGCACGCAGGAGGUGCGGUCCAUGCGCGUGGCCGUGCUGUGUUUGUUCCCGGUGGUGUUUGGGCUGUGCUGAGCUCGUAGCGCUGAGAUGUGACAUGGGCAGGAGAUGCUGUGUGCCUGCUUGCUCGUUUCUGUACCCUGCUGGUUUCCUGUUGUUUCCCUUCUCCCUCCCCUCUGCCCAAAGCCCGGUGCGGUAUUUGCUUUAGGGAAUCCGUCUGCAGCAGGCGUGUUUGAACAGCUUCGCUGGAGGGCCAGAAGGUUCCAGGGCAGCCCAUCCCCAGCAGCAGCUGUGCCGGCUCCUCCAGCCGGGGGCUGCCCUUGCUGGGCACCAGGGAUUGAAGAUGUGUGGAGACGCGGUGCGGCUGCUGACCGCCCUGCUGGUGGCCGCGGCCAUGGGCUACCCCAACUGGCGCUCUGCCACCGACCUGGAUGCCACCCCCAGGAUGACAGUCACCUUUGACGAGCUGUCAGGUGUGCGGCGGUUCAGCGGGCACAGCCUGAACUACACCACACUGCUGCUGGAGGACGAGCGGGGUAUGCUGUAUGUGGGCGCCAGGGGGGCCAUCUUUGCUCUCAAUGCCAGCAAUGUGGCCCAUGGCUCGCACCGCAUGAUCCGUUGGGAAGCAUCUCCGGAAAAGCGGCUGGACUGCCUGCAGAAGGGCAGGAACAACAAGACCGAGUGCUUCAACCACGUGCGGCUCCUACAGAGGCUAAACACCACGCAUCUCUACGCCUGUGGCACCUACGCCUUUCACCCGCUCUGUGCUUCCAUUGAUGCUGACAAGUUCACACUGCCCUCCCGCUUCGAGGAAGGCAAAGAGAAGUGCCCGUACGACCCCUCCCGUGGCUACACUGGCCUCAUUGUGGAUGGUGGAUUGUACACAGCCACACGCUAUGAGUUUCGGAGCCUCCCUGAUAUCCGGAGGAACCUGCACCAGCGGCCGCUGAAGACAGAGGAGUCUCCUCUGCACUGGCUGAAUGAUGCCGAGUUUGUGGCCUCCAUGCUGGUCCAGGAAAGCAAGGACAGUCCUGUGGGUGACGAUGACAAAAUCUAUUACUUCUUCAUGGAGCGAGCAGGCGAGGAGACCACAUCCUUCUUCGAUAAGAGCCAGGUGGCUCGGGUGGCCCGGGUGGCCCGUGUGUGCAAGAGUGAUCUGGGGGGAAAGAAGAUUCUGCAGCGCAAGUGGACGUCCUUCAUGAAGGCACGCCUGGUGUGCUACAUCCCCUACUAUGAGGUGCUGCGCAGCGUCUGCAGCCUGGACAGCGGUGGCUGGGCCAGCACCGUCUUCUACGCCGCCUUCACGCUCUCAGCGCAGUGGAGGACAAUGGAGGCCUCGGCUGUGUGCCGCUACGACAUCUCCGAGGUGCAGCGUGCCUUCGAGGGGCCCUACAUGGAGUACCAGGACUCCUCCCGCAAGUGGUCCCGCUACGAUGGAGCAGUGCCCGAACCUCGGCCGGGCUCUUGCAUCACAGACAGCUUCCGCCGAAGGGGCUACAACUCAUCACAGGACCUGCCCAACAGCGUGCUGGACUUUGUCAAGCUGCACCCGCUGAUGUUUGAGGAGGUGCAGCCGGCGGGUGGCGAGCCGCUGCUGGUAAAGAGAAGUGUGGCAUACAGCCGCCUGGCGGUGGACCGGGUACAAGCCCUCGAUGGGCGCUCCUACGACGUGCUCUUCAUGGGGACGGGGGACGGCUGGCUGCACAAGGCCGUAGUUCUGGGCUCCAGCCUCCACAUCAUCGAGGAGGUGCAGGUGUUCCAGGACCCGCAGCCCGUGGAGACGCUGGUGGUGUCCCGCAGACAGAGGAGCCUGUAUGUGGGGGCUGCUAGUGGAGUCCUGCAGGUGCCCCUGGCCUCCUGCGCCAGGUACAGCUCCUGCUAUGACUGCAUCCUCGCCCGGGACCCCUACUGCGCCUGGGAUGGCGGGGCCUGCCGUGACACAGCCAGCGGGGACAGCACAGGGCUGGUGCAGGAUGUGCAGAGUGGCAAUGUGGGAUGCCGGAGCGGCUCUGGGCGUGGCUCCCUGCCGUGGAAGAACCGCACGGUGCUGCGUGGGGAUGAUGUGCUGCUGCCCUGUGAUCAGCGCUCCAACUUGGCACGGGCUGUCUGGCUGCUGAAUGGCAGCGAGGUGCCAGGCACUGGGCAGGAGCAGCUGCGCGUUGGGGUGGAUGGGCUGCUGGUGACCGACACACUGCCAGGACACAGCGGCGAGUACCGCUGCUAUGGUGAGGAGCGUGGGCUGCGCACACUGCUGGCUGCCUACAGCCUCACCGUGCUGCCCCAGCUGCCUCGUGCCACCAUCACCACCACCUCUGGGCCCAUAGCGGCCAGCCAAGCUUCUGGAGACACCAAGGUGGUCUAUGUGUCUGCUAUCGUGGUGCUGGUGGUGCUGUGUGCUGUGCUGGGUACCGUCCUUCUCUACGUGUCCUGCCUGGAGAAGCGCAGGGGGAAGUACGUGCUGGGGGAGCCGCGGGCUGUGAGUCCUGAGCUGCAGACGGUGUCGGCCAGCUGCCUGCGCAAGGCCCACGGGGAGGAUGAGGAGGAGGAGGAUGAGGAGGAUCUGGCUUAUCCCUGCCUGCGCAUCAUCCCUGGUGAAGCACCCACGGCCAUCGUGUCCCCAGCCAAGGAGCUGCCGGUGGCCGUGCCCCCCCCUCCGCCGCCACCGCUGCCCACCGAGCUCACCAACGGGGUGGGCUCCCUGCCCAGCGUCCUCCGCAAGAUGAACGGCAACAGCUACAUGCUGCUGCAGCAGCAGGACGAGCCGCUGGCCUCACCGCUCUACAGCGCGUCCUUCACCGAGGAGCUCAGCAAGAUCCUGGAGAAGCGGAAACACAUGCAGCUAGUGGAGAAGCUGGAUGAGAGUUCCGUGUAGGACCGGGAUCCCACCAGUCCUUUCUCCCACCCCUGCCAGCAGUGUUACAGACUCAGCAAAACUACCUCUGGGACCGCAGCGCCGGGCUGGGCCCGGGCUCGGCCAUCCCUUUGGCUUUUCACUCACUUUUGAGACUUGAUGUACAGAAAAAAAAAAACAAUGGGAAAAGAAAGGGAAAAAUCCCCCAAAGAAGAAUCUAUUUAAAUUUGGGAGCUCUAUUUAUGUAUAAAACCCACCGAUGGCGACCACAAACUGGAGGCAGGAGCUGGAGCACAGCUGACGGUGGACAUGGGGAGGGAGGGCUUAUGUCUUAUGUCCAUCUGUCUAUCCAGGCAGGCAAGACCCUGUCCUGGAUGUGUGGACCUGGCCCACCCCAUUGGGCAUCCCCAGCCCUGGGUGCCCAGGCACUGAGAGGUGGGUGCAGAGCGGGACUGUGGGCUUGGGGCUGUGCUGCAGGACCACCAGCUGCUGCCUGCUGCACAUCUGCUCCCCAGGGCUGCCUGCAGGACAGAUGCUCAGCGAGGGACAGCGAAGAAGAGGAGAGUUGUCCCCGUAAGUGGGAUGAAAUUGCCUGUGCCUGCCAUCAGCCCAGGGGUGCUGCUGGCAGCAGGACUGCUGUCCGUGCGUGAGGGCCAUGCACGCCAGUUGGCUUGUCUGCAUCUUCGCCAUGCGGUGUGGGACUGGACCAGCAUCCUCUCGGCAUCCUUGCCCUGCAGAGUGGACACGAUGCACUUUUGCAUCCUCAUGCAUUGCCAGCAGAUGCUGGGAUCUUGGCCGCUGCCCCCAUGCCACAGACUGUCCCCUCGCAUGCUGAGGAGCCCUGCCCCAGGCUUUCUCCCUGCGGGGCCUCCAGCUCCCUGUGGCCCUGCUGGCCCUAACUCCCUCUCCACCCUCAUCUACCUCUGCUCCCUCACCCUGGGAACAAGAGGGGCACCCCAGCUCUGUCCCUCCAUGUCCCCCUCUGCCACCCCCUGGACUGUGGGCAUCGCCCAGAGCGCAGCCCCCUCCCCGCCGGGCAUUCUCUUCCUUCUCUGGGGUGGACGAGCUACCCCAAGGGCACAUCGCAUUCCCCCGGUACGGCCCCAGGGCAAUAAAGGCGACGGCUCUGCGUGGAAGC